GUCAAACUGUGGAGGAACUAGAGGACUUCAGUCUAGUGUUAGAGAAACAAACUUGAAAAUAAUUUAAUUUCAGUUCAGAAGUGCUGAGACUCCGAGACAGACACUCCUCCGUGCUUCUAACAUUUUCGGCUGCUUUUCUAAGCUGUCAAGUGGACAUGUAAAGCCAGCUCAUGGAAAUGCAAGAAAUUGACUAUAAUGAUGCACUCUACUCCGACAUCUUCAACUUCACCUAUCCUCCCAUAGACGAGCUCAAGGCAGCCCCCUGUAGUGUGUCUAUCUUGGGCUUGAGCAGUGUUGGUCUGAUGGUCACAUACAUCAUUGUGUUUGUCCUAAGUGUGCUGGGCAACAGUGUGGUCAUCUACGUGAUGUGCUGCUUGGCCAGGAGCCGGACCACCACAGACAUCUACCUGAUGCACCUAGCCAUGGCCGACCUCCUCUUCUCCCUGACCCUCCCCUUCUGGGCCGUCUACGUCUACUCUCACUGGAUCUUUGGUACCUUCCUUUGUAAGCUCCUGUCUGGCCUCCAGGAUGCUUCCUUUUAUAGUGGGGUCUUCCUGUUAGCGUGCAUUAGCGUGGACCGCUACCUGGCUAUCGUGAAGACCACGCAGGCGCUGACUCAACGUCGCCACCUGGUGGGGAAAGUUUGUGGAGCCGUGUGGCUGGGGGCAGGGCUUCUCUCAUUGCCUGUGGUGCUCCAGCGGGAAGCUAUCCAACUGGAGGAUCUCAGCGACCAGACCAUCUGCUACGAGAACCUGACUGCGUCGAGCAGCAACCAGUGGCUGGUUUUUGUGCGGGUGCUUCGCCACACACUGGGAUUCUUCCUGCCGCUGGCAGUCAUGGUCGUCUGUUACAGCUGCACGGCGACGACGAUGUUCCGUGGCAUGCGCAACGCCGUCCAUAAACACAAGGCCAUGCGCGUCAUCCUGGCCGUGGUGUUGGCAUUCGUGUUAUGUUGGCUGCCGUGCAAUGUCAGCGUGCUGGUAGACACAUUGAUGCGAGGCGGCUUGCUGGGCGAGGAGACAUGUGAGUUCCGGAACAGUGUGAGUGUGGCGCUGUACGUGACCAAGGGGAUAGCGUUCACGCACUGCGCAGUCAACCCCGUGCUGUACGCCUUCAUCGGGCAGAAGUUCCGGAACCAGCUCCUGCUGAUGCUCCACAAGCAUGGGCUGAUCAGCAAGAGGGUGCUGGCCGCUUACCGCAGGGGCUCGGCCCACAGCACGGUCAGUCAAAGGUCUAGGAACACCUCUAUUAGCCUGUAAGGUUUCAGUAGUGAGGAUUCAAUAUUUUGUCACAUAGCUAGCUUUGCUUCUAUUUGUUUUUGUUUUUGAUGUGCAUUGUCUUUUAGUAUAUUGCAACAUGUUUGACACUAUCCCAUUAGUUUUUUUCCCAUUAUAUUAAUCAAAAUAUAGUUUUUCAUGUGAUACUUUAAUGCUUGCUAAGUAUAAACAUUAAUGUCAAGGCCUAAUCUGUACGAAAUAAAACUGAAUCUUCCAACUUUUACUU